AUGAUAUUAGCUAGCAUAGCUAGCUAUCCUUAUCUUUCAAAGAUUUAUGCACGUGCUGCAAAGUGCAAAACGCGCUAAGGCUGGAUCACUUAACUUAUUUUCACAAAACAAUGAGUGUAAGAAACAGACCUGGCUCGUCUCCCAUGCCGGCUUGUCAGCCCAGUGCGUUCUCCCGGCAGCCGCCUCGCGUGCUGAUUGUGGACACCUCGCCGCCCUGGUGGUCAGAGACGGGGGCAAUUUUGUGCGAGGCGCUCGACAACUUCUUGACGCUGGCCAGCAGUCUGGAGGGGCCCAGCCGCCUGCCUUUGCUCAGUGUCUACGCCGUCAACCUUCAGCAGGAGUGCCUUCUGCCUUUUGUGCAGGUGAAGGGGAACCUGGUGCGCCUCCGCCUGUGUGUGGAUGAGCUGCGCUCUCUGCCCGGAGAGGGAUGUGUGCGGCCCCGGGGGUUCCUCCUCAGACGCGCCGUCCUGGACAGCCUGCAGCAGUACAGGCAGUACAGCAGCCACCACGUCCACGCGGGGAGCGGAGGCGGCAGUGGCUCCGGCAGCAAGGCAAGCGGCACCUCGGUGGAGGUGACCGUGAUAACCAGUCAGCCGGGCCGGGCAUUGAUGCGUGAGCUGGAGGCGGGGCUGAAGGACUCAGAGCUGGGCAGCCUGCGGCGCCUGCUGGUGGUGCAGAUCUCCCCCCAGCAGCAGCCGAUGGCCGGGGAACAGGGAUGGACGCCUGACGCCCCCUCGCCGGAAGACUCGGAGGAGGGUCUGAUGCUGGGCACAGAGAUGGACCUGCAGGUGGUGGAGAGCAGCGUGGUUGCCGUGGAGAGUGUUCUGAAGGCGUGGCUUCACGAGCAGGCGGGGGAGCGGGAGCAUCUGCACCUGCUGCUGCCCCGCGUCCUGCAGCACGCCUCUGGCCCGCCCCACGCCGAUGGACCCCGCAAGCCUAGCCCCAUCUGCCUGAAGUGUGACAUGCAGGAGAGGCUCCUGAGCCCCAGCCUCCUCCCCAGCGCCUCCGCCCCGCACCUCGCCACCAAGACCGAGAGUGUCCGGGACUUCCAGCCUCACGGCAAGGGCCCGGCCAAUCACAGACCCCCUCCGCAGACGCUCCGAGUCGUCAAGACCCUGCACGCAGAUGGAGUGUGUGAGUCGGUGCUGUACGGUCUCCCUCUGAUCAUCAGGCCCACCAUAUGCUGGCAGCUGGACUGGGACGAGAUUGAAACCAACCAGCAACUCUUCCAUGCUCUCUGUCACACGCUUAGGGAGCAUGAGUGGUUCCUGCUGGUGCGUACAGAGCCUGCUGUGGGGUCAGCGCUGGCCUCCGCGGCGUCCGUCUCCACUUACUACGUGCUGCAGCCCUCUCCCUCACUCUCGCUCCUGCUGCUCAAGCCCGUGGUCACCCAGGAGCUGCUGCUGCCCUGCAGCAUGCCCGACUCAAAUCAGGACCCCCCGCUCAGUGCCCUCAUUACUGUGGAGAACUCCCUGCAGUCGCUAGAAGAGGACCCCGUCUUCAACCCCUUGUGCCUGGGCACCAACCUCUACCCGCACCUGAGGAUGCGCAGCCUGGCCUCGCGACCGGCCCACCCCUACCGCAGGCAGGCCCAGGCCCAGACCCAGACCCUGACCCACUCCCGGGGCCACGGUGCUGGGGUGAGCCCCGGCGGGCAGAGCCAGUGCAGGGAGCCGCCAGUACGACCACCAGAGGGCUCCAUGGCCCGGCAGUCUCACGGGCGUCAGUCUCAGCAGGCUCGAGCGCGGGCGACCGUAGCUCCCCUUCCGCCGCCCUCGGGCCCCCCAGCGAAGAGCUCCCGGCCGCCGCUCACCUUCUCCAAGCCCUCGUCCUCCUCCUGCCUGGGCGAGAGUGACGACGAUGACGACCUCAUCAUGAUGCUGUAGCAAGUGCAGCUCUGCCCCAUGAGGAGACAGUGGCCAUGCCAAGCUCAUCUACCGAGAGACCAGAUGUGGACGGGCUUCUUACACUCGUCUACCGUCUCUCCCUCGCUGUGGAGGAGUUCAUCGGCCCUCCCCGAAGCACUGUUGUGGUUUUGUAAUGUGACUAUUGGUCACAUUUCAAGAAAGGCCCACUCACGAGCCUCCUCCUUUUUAUUGUUGUUCCCAUCUGUGCAACUUAAAAAAAAAAAAAAAAAAAAAAAAUCUAUUUCUCAGAUUUGUCUUUAUGGGAACGAUGUUAUGAAAUGCUCUCUAAAUCAUUUCAAGCUGUUGUUGAUCUAAAGAAUCAAUGUGCCGGAUACACAUGUAAAG